GACUGCAGCCGCGCAUGCGCACAGCUACAGCCAAGCAGCUGAACCUUGUGUCAAAACACACAGCGGCAGCAGGCAGGCAGCAGCUACCAGAUCUCAGCCCGAGUUCAGCUUCAGCUCUUUUAUUUUCGGAAACAAUUUGUCGACACAGAGUGUUUUUACAAUCACGUGCGCGUACCAUGACCGAACAAUCAGCACUACUGCUCCGAAAACAACUGGCAGAGCUCAACAAGAACCCCGUUGAGGGCUUUUCAGCUGGUCUGAUAGACGAUGAUGACAUAUAUAAAUGGGAAGUUGUGAUCAUUGGCCCACAAGACACCCUUUUUGAAGGAGGGUUUUUCAAGGCAUACCUAACCUUUCCUUAUGAUUAUCCACUACGGCCUCCAAAGAUGAAGUUCAUCACUGAAAUCUGGCACCCAAAUGUUGCAAAGAAUGGGGAUGUUUGCAUUUCAAUUCUGCACGAGCCAGGAGAAGAUAAGUUUGGUUAUGAAAAGCCCGAGGAGCGCUGGCUUCCUAUCCACACGGUAGAGACAAUCAUGAUUAGUGUUAUCUCCAUGCUGGCAGAUCCCAACAGCGACUCACCAGCUAAUGUGGACGCUGCGAAAGAGUGGAGGGAGGACCCCAACGGUGAAUUCAAGAGAAAGGUGGCUCGCUGUGUAAGAAAAAGUCAAGAGAUGGCGUUUGAUUAGGAGUCAAUUGUAAAUUCCAGGUUAAAGGAAAUGCCUUCAGAGGGAAAAUUUCAGCAAAAGGCUUUUGCACCCCUUGUUUUGCCAGUCAAAGGAAUUGGUUGGCUUCAACCACGUUUCUGUGAACGGUUGUCAUUUUCCGCAAGAUGAGCCAAUUUGAGAACCCUACCAGCGAAAUUUACUUGUUUCCUACCUGGAAUUGUAUAUUUAAUGUUAUUUAUUUUGAAAAAUUAAUGAUGUAAGAUAUGUCACUACUGUAAAUUAACUUGCUUUUUUAUCUGCUGCUGAACAGUUUCUACUUUAUACCAGGUUUCUUAUGCAAUUUAGUGGUCAAGAUUGUGUAAAACAAAAACCCGUUACAUUAGGUCAUCAUUUGUCCUCCCUACUGAAUACUUACCACCAGAUUAAUGUCGGCCCAACAAAUCUCUGUCAACAGUGAUUAUUUUCAACACUGUCACUGAAUCACCGUUGCCUUUUGUUGGCUUUACCUCCUCACAGUGUGCUUGUUGUUUAUAGGGUCAGGUUGAGAACUUAAAGAGGGACUUAUAAAGAGUUUCAUACUGUCUAUUUUUCUGAGAAACGGCCUCCUGUUAGCAUUUUGUCCUCAUGCUAGUGUAAGUCUAAGAAGUAUGAAACCAUGACUCUCAAACCUGCAUGAUCCCCUCAAACAGCUCUGUUAUGUAUCGUCGUUAGCUGUAGAUGUAAAUGGAAUGGCUUACUCAGUGAUUUGAGAGUCACUGUUUUGUAACACGUUGACUCACACAAGCAGAGCUGAUGGUGAAAGGAGGUUUGUGCAAACUUCUCAGGAUCAAACUUCAUCUUGAUUAGAAGAUAAACCUCUAAUAGAAUAUCCCACGUGGCCCUCUCGUCACUGAAGAUUAAUUAUCACUUAGUCUAGCGUCUUUUCACAUCGUUGUUAUAAAUCAUGGACAACCAAAAUACAGUCUGUGAAAAUAGUCUAAGCUGUGAUUAUUCUGCGUGCGUACUGGUUAACUGGCAUCUGAGCUUACCUCAAUUUGAAAAGAUAACACAUUUGACGAGGAUUAUGGUUGUUUGAGUUCUUAAUCUAUUAACAUGAGUAAUCCUAGAGGCUCCAUAGUAGAAUUAGGCUAGUCGUUCUUACUUUGUUGUGGCACAUUUGGCUUUGGAUCAACGGAGUAAUGCUCUUUUAAUUCUAUCAACAUCUUGAGUUGUGAUUAGUGCAUACUUAGAUAAUAUUUAUCACCUUUUAAUUGAUCACUGAAUUUUGGUUGUGAAUCUUGAUAGAGACUUGAAGUUAACUCACCACUUAGUAAAGUAUAAAUAAGUGUUCUGAUAGGAAAUGAACCAUGGCAGGCCCCGUUAACUUUGAACCAGCAGCAGCAGCAGCAAUUGUAGAUAUCAAUAACUAGCUAAGCCAGAAAUCUGAGCCAACAAAUCCAUCAUGUAAUUCUGACUAGUAGUUAUUUGAAUUAAACAUAUCUACAAUUCAUUUCUUACUAGUGGAAAUGUUCAUUGUAGAUAUCUGUUAAUUGAUUACCACUCCUUAACUUGACCUUUAUCCAAACUUGCCUACAGAUAUAUAUAAUUUAGGUCAUAAUUUGACUAAUUGCAAUUCUAAUUAAUUUUAAUUCAUUUUCAGUUAUUACAGUUGCAUAUCACAUAUCUGAAAUAGAAUUUGUUUGGUACUAGUACCAGUGAUGUUUGAGAUAUACUAAAUUAUAGAUAUCAACAAAGGAAUUUUCACUAGUCAAAACAUCAUUGUAGAUAUCAUCAAUGAGGUUUCCAAAAAGAAAUAUGCUAAUCAGCUGACAUAUCUGAAAUCAAUUAGCUAAUUAGGGCAACAUGUCCAGAAUUGUUUAACAUGUUGGACAGAUCGGAAAUUAUUAUAGAUAUCUUCAGUGACGUGCAUGUCCAAAAAUAAUCAGCUGCUUAGGUGACAUCCAAAUGUAUUUUUUGAUUUGUCAGGUAUGUAUGAAAUGUAAUUGUAGAUUUUGUAAGUGGCGUAAAUAAUCUGAGAUUGAGAUGCUAAUUAGGGCUACAUAUCUGAAAUGAUUUGCUGACAUGAGACGUAUCAGAAAUGCGAUUAUAUCUGCACAAUGUACAUAUUAAAAAAAGAAUAUACUAAUUUGGUGACGUCCAAAAUUAUUUGUUGAUAUAUGAUGACGUAUUGGAAAUGCAGUUGCUGAAAAUAUGUAUUGUUACAUGUCAAAAUAGUUGUACAGAUAUCUUAAAUUUUGACAUGUCAACAGUGAAAUGGCUUCUUGUCUGCCGUAUUGAUUAAAUGUUAAAAUUACAUUAUGGAUAUGUUUGCUUGGUAUUCAAACUAGUCAAAAAGCAAUUAUUGAUAUCUACAAUUACCACUACUGUUUAAAUUUUAAAAGGGCCUGCAGUAUUUGUUGAUAUGUCGCACAUAUUGGAAAUUUAAGUGUAGAUAUCUUAAAUGAGGUACAUAAUGAUCCAAAAUGAAUAUGCUGUCACUAAAAUUUAUCUGAAAAGAUUGCACUAAUUCGGCAACAUAUCCAAAAAGAAUAUGCAAAUUAGGUGACAUAUCCAGAACGAUUUUGGUAUGUUGUGACUGUUGGUAUGUCAGACAUAUUGGACAAUUGUUGAUAUUAAACGAGAAAAUUACCUCAUUUCUACAUGUGAAAAUAUAUAUUGUAACAUAUACAUUUUUUUUUUUUAACAGAUAUCUUAAAUUAACAUUUCGACAUGUCAAAAUGACAUUUUCACUAAACUGCUACUAGUCAGCCCUUCUGGAUCAAUGUUAACAGGGCUUGCCAUAAAUGAACACAAUCCUGCAUCGAGGUUUUCUUUUGAAAGAGUCUACACCGUCGUGUUUGGGUGGAGUCUGGAAACCAUUGGCUUUUGCUCACUUUCAUUGAUGGUGUUGCUGACGAUUAAGCCAUGAUGACAUCUAUUUUGAAUUAUGUUAUACAUGAAUGAUCUGUGACUGACUUUGAAAAAAAUAGCUAACCAUCUUUUGGCGCAUGCAAUCAGGUUUGAAGGAGCUGGGUAUGUUUAAAUAUGAUACCAUUGUUAGUACAUUCUGGUUGAAUGUGAUGUGUACAGUUAGUAGACUUCUCUAGACUUGAUGAUCACAUAACUGCUGUUGACAUUACCUUUUUAAGUCAGAAUUUUCUAACCUACCAUGACCUCCUCUGACCGGUGUUCACUGUAUUUGCACAGAUUUGGUGCGUUUGAAAUGUCAUUAAGCAAUAUGCCCAGAAAAUGGUGUGUCCAGGUAAUCCACCCUAACGCCAUUAUUUGUUUGUUUUUUUCCAUUUUGUGUCAAUGCAAUGUAUAUUGGACAUGAUGCUCAAUAAAGUGUGUAAACAGA